AUGGCCGGAGCUAGUAUCGAAGUAAUGAAAGCCUUGGGUAUAGACGACUCGGAUAAAUCUUGCGCCGGAGCUCCCAGCACGGGUAUCACGAGACGGACAGACAACAACCUCGAUGUCAAGACCGACCGCAGUGCCUGGCUGCUCGGGGUCACAAUCGGCGUACCGUUUUUCGCUGGUGCGAUACUAGGUCUCAUCAUCACCGACCCAAUCAACAGACUCCCCUUUGGCCGUCGCGGCGCUAUAUGUGUUGCGGGCAUAUUCAGCUUCAUAUCGGUCGUGGGCUCAGCUUCGGUCCACAAAUGGGAGCAUCUUCUCGUGUUCAGAAUUCUAUUAGGUGCUGGCAUGGCAGGCAAAGCUUCAAUCGUUCCUAUUCUGCUGUCUGAAACCUCGCCCAAAGAUGUGCGCGGCUUCUUACUGGUCUUCUGGCAACUUUUCGUGGCAUUCGGGCUGGCCGCCGGAUCUGUUGCAAACAUGGCCGUAUAUCGCCUUGACGUGCAUUCAAGUUGGCGCUACAUGUUUAUCUCCGCUUUCAUCCCCGCACUACUCUUGCUAUCAUUGAUCCUCUUCUCACCUGAAUCCCCUCGAUGGCUGUUGAAGGAAAGCGGUAGCGUAGGGAAUCUUUCCCAGAAUGGCAAGCUGUCGAAGAACGAUCCACGCAGGGGAGUCAAAAUUCGGAAGGCCUACAAGUCUCUAGUCGAUCUUCGAGGCGAAGUUGUUCCCAUACUUGCCGCCGGCGAACUGUUCCUAAUGCACACGCGCCUCAUCGACGAGCAGCGUCGGCUGAAGGCAGCAUUAGAUGGUCACUCCUACACGACCAGUGCGGCCAGUCGAAAUACAAAUGCGAAGAGUCCCUUCCGUGAUGUUAUUCAGCACAUCAGCUGGCGAGAAAGAGUCACGUUGAUUUUCUUCCGCUCUGGAUAUACGAAUAGAGCGCAUCGAGCUGCAGCUGCUGUAAUGAUAUCACAACAACUGUGCGGUAUCAACUUGAUAGCUUUCAUGUCCGACCACUUCUUCAAAUACUCCUUCUUCGACGACAACCCCGAAUGCGACAACUCCGAAAAGACCUCAGACCGGAAUAUAACGCUACUGGGCGCUUCGCUUGGGUUGAUGCUCCUCAACUUUAUAGCUACAAUUCCUGCCCUAUUCGUUAUCGACAUUACCGAUGGACGGAGACGUGUCUUGAACUGGACAUUCCCAGUAAUGGCCGGGGCUUUGCUAAUGUCUGCCGUAAUCCCAAAGAUUCCCAACCAGCCAAAGGAUGGGUACAUCGCUGGACACUACAUCUUCUUGGUUGUUUUCAUAAUCGCAUAUUCGGUCGGGGAGGGUCCAGCAGCUUUCGUCAUCUCAGCAGAAGUCUUUCCCCUCGUUAAUCGAGAACUCGGUAUGAGCCUCGCUGUCUGUUGGAACUUUAUGGGAGCCGGACUCCUUGCUGUCUUAGCCCCAUGGCUGCUGGAUACGCUUGGUCAGUUCGGCGUGCUCUUGUUGUUUGCAGGUACCAACCUUCUCGCAUGGUUUCUUUGUUUUUGGCUUGUUCCCAGUACCGGGAAAGAGGACCUAGAGGAAGUGUUCGAGCAGCUCGAUAUCACCACCAGGUUCAUGUUCAUCUAUACUCUCAAAACGAUAUCGCGUAGAUUCACCCAACCAGUAGAGUGGUGCUUGCGAUUGACCUCCAGGGAUUGGAAAGAGUGUGGCUAUCCGGAGAGACUUGAAUCACCAAGGAAAGAGUGGGAGAAGAAAAAGCGCGCACAAAGAUCGAAAACCACUCAUCCCGGUCCUCCGGACUCUUCAUGCUCGAGCGAAGACGAGGUAGAUGAGAUACCGAGCGACAGAGAAACCGAUCGUUGCGAUUGA